AUGUUUGGUUUCGGGGAGAGCACUGCCAAGGUCGUCAAAGAGGACACCGGGGUCAGAUUCAAGUCUUGUUUUGCUUUCGAUUGCAGAGAUGUGGCCGGGUGUCAGGAAGCCAAGCUAGAAAUCAUGGAAUUCGUCAACUUUCUUAGAAAUUCCGCCAAAUAUAGAGAAUUGGGAGCCAAGAUACCAAAAGGCGCACUUCUAACGGGGCCUCCAGGAACGGGGAAGACUCUGUUGGCAAGGGCCACAGCGGGGGAGGCGAAAGUACCCUUCAUAACCGUAUCCGGUUCGGAGUUCCUGGAAAUGUUUGUGGGAGUCGGUUCUUCUCGGGUAAUGACUAUUCUCUACAGGAAUGUUCGGGACAUGUUUGCAAAGGCCAGGAAGAACGCCCCGUGCAUUCUUUUCAUUGACGAGAUCGACGCCGUAGGGAGAAAGAGGACAGGACGGUCGUUUGGGGGAUACAAUGAGCAGGAGAGUACUCUUAAUCAAUUGCUCACUGAAAUGGACGGUCGGUAUCUUAGUCUUAUACUCGGGUUUUCUGCCUCCUCUCAAGUCAUUGUACUGGCAGCUACCAAUCGGUCAGAUGUCCUCGACCCUGCCUUACUCAGACCUGGUAGAUUUGACCGUCAAAUCUACGUGGGACUGCCCGAUAUCAAAGGCAGGGCAGGAGUGUUUAAAGUUCAUUUGGGAAAGUUGAACUCUCCGGUCGAUGUGAUCGCCCGCCAAAUGGCUGCUCGGACCUCAGGGUUCUCUGGGGCUGACAUUGGGAACUGCGUCAACGAAGCUGCCCUUAUCGCGGCGAGGGAGGACGCUAAGGAAAUAUCUGAGCUACAUCUGGAAAGGGCUAUCGAACGUAUCGUUGGGGGUACUCUAAUCACUAAAGUCUGCAGGUCUUGAAAAGAAGAC